GGCUCCGACGCCCUCUGCCUUGCUCGGGCAGAGGUCAGACGCGGCGUCCAGGUGCUGGUUGCGGGGAGGGCGGCCGGCCGGGCUCCCGCACCAUGUUGGGCAGUGGUCGCCUGGCGGGGGCCGGGGGAGGCGGGGCGGUGGUGACGGUGGCCUUCACCAACGCUCGGGACUGCUUCCUGCACCUGCCGCGGCGUCUGGCGGCCCAGCUGCAGCUGCUGCAGAAUCAAGCGAUAGAAGUGUCCUGGGGCCACCAGCCUGCGUUCCUGAGCUGGGUGGAAGGCAGGCGUUUUAGCGACCAAGGUGAAAAUGUGGCUGAAAUGAGCAGACACCUGGGCCAGAAACUCGGACUCCCCGAUGGAGAGCAGGUCUUCCUGAGGCCGUGCCCCCACAUGGUGUCCUGUGAGCAAGUGGAGGUGGAGCCGCUGUCAGUGGACGACUGGGAGAUACUGGAGCUGCACGCCGCCACCCUGGAGCAGCACCUUCUGGGUCAGAUCCGAGUGGUCUUCCCCAAAGCCGUCCUGCCCGUGUGGGUCGACCAGCAGACUCACCUCCUUAUCCAGAUUGUCGCACUGAUGCCCGCAGCCGCUUUCGGAAGGCUGGAGGUGGACACGCGACUCCUGAUUCGGCCGAAAACACGUCCAGCGGAAGAGCAGGCCCUUUCAAAGGUACCUCACGCCCGUGGGGAGUUUCAGAGUUUGGGAAGGGACCCACAAGGACCCAUGAAAGGGUUUCCAGCCAAGCAGCAUCCAUCAGAUACCCCGGGGGGCGCCGGGUCCGGUGACGCAGACCCGGAAGUCUCCGAGGACUCGUCUCCAAGCUUGUGGACCAGGAUCGGAAGCGUUUUUUCUUUUGGAUCUGAGAAGAGACCUGAGACCUCCUGGGGCUCCAGGGAAGUCCGUGCGUUCAGAAAUGUGCAGUCGCAGGCCGUCCCACUGGACAACGUUUUCAGAGUGUGCCGAGCUCAGCCCCGCAGUGCCAACCCCGCCACAGCACCUGCUGUGUGGACCACACACUCCGUCGUUCACGUGUUUCCCUGGGACCAGGAAUACUUGGACAUGGAGCCCCGCUUCCCUGUGACCUACGGGCAGCUGGUUAAGCUGCUUUCCCCAAGGCAGCAGCAUGGGAGGACCAGACGGGACGGCCUGUCGCCUGCGGAGCAGAGGCAGCCGUCGGAGGCGCCCGACACGAAGCCGCCUGGCUCGGCGGGUACACCGGAGGCCGGGAGGGCAUGCGUGCUCAAGGUGGUCUGGAACGGGCUGGAGGAGCUGAGCAGUGCCGGCAAGUACACCAGGAAUGGAGAAGCUCUCCAUUUUGGCAAAGUCUGGAUUCCAGAUGAUCUAAGAAAGCGACUAAAUAUAGAGAUGCAUUCAGUUGUCAGAAUAACUCCAGUGGAAACGGCCCCCAAGAUUCCAAGACUUCUGAAGCUACAACCAAGAGAAGAUUUGCCUAAGGACGUGAGUGAAGCUGAGGUCAAAGCUGGAUUCUGCUCCUGGCUGCAGCAGUCGGCCAGCACCGAGCUUCCUCUGGCGACGGCAGGAGAAGAGUGCAUUAGGCUGGGAAUUAACGGCGGUUUGAAGGAAUUUUCUCUGCAUAUAGUUCAUUCUUGGGAGAAAGAGAAAGAAAAAGAAAAAAACAUUUUUCUGUUGAGUACCAAUCUGCUGCAGAAGAUGACAGUACAAGUCCUUCUAGAUCCUUUGGUAAAAGAAGAAAACAGUGAGGAAAUUGACUUAAAUCCUCCCUUUUUAAAGCUGAACUCUUUGGGAGGCGUGAGGUCCCUAGGUGUUUCCUGCAUGGAGCACGUCACACACAGCCUCCUGGGCCGUCCUCUGUCACGGCCGCUGCUGGCCAUGGUGGCAGGGCUGAGGAACGGGGCCCUCUUACUCACAGGGGGAAAGGGGAGUGGAAAGUCAACGUUGGCCAAGGCAGUGUGUCAAGAGGCCCGAGACACACUGGACGCGCACGUGGAGGUGGUGGAGUGCAGAGCUCUGCGAGGGAAAAGGCCGGCGAGCGUGGAGAAGACGCUGCGGGCAGCCUUCUCGGAGGCCGCGUGGAGGCAGCCGUCGGUGCUGCUGCUGGAUGACCUCGAGCUCCUCGCGGGGCUGGCUGCCGGGCCGCAGCAUGAGCACAGCCCCGACGCCGUGCAGGGCCAGCGGCUCGCACACGCAUUGAUUGCUAUGAUCAAGGAGCUUGCCGCCACGGGAAGUUUGGUUGCCCUGAUUGCCACGAGCCAGGCUCAGGACUCGCUGCAUCCUCUGCUGGCGUCCGCGCAAGGAAAUCAUGUGUUUCAGUGUGUCCGGCACAUCCUGCCCCCUAACCAGGAGCAGAGACGUGAAGUUUUGCAAAAUAUAAUAAACAACAAACUGGACUGUGACAGCAGCAGGUUCGCAGAUCUGGACCUGCAGUUCAUCGCCAAGGAGACCGAGGGCUUUGUGGCCCGAGACUUCACCUUGCUCGUGGACCGGGCUGUGCACGCUCACCUCUCUCACCAGUGUGUGUCCACCAAGGAAGAGUUAGUUCUAACAACAUUGGACUUCCAGAAGGCUCUGCAAGGAUUUGUUCCCGCGGCUUUGCGGAAGGUCAGCCUGCAUCAGCCUCGAGGCGUGGGCUGGGAGCAGGUUGGAGGCCUGCACGACGUGCGGCAGAUGCUCACGGACACUAUCCAGCUGCCAGCCAAGUAUCCAGAAUUAUUUGCCAACUUGCCCAUACGACAGAGAACGGGGCUGCUGCUGUAUGGCCCCCCGGGAACAGGGAAGACCUUGCUGGCAGGGGUCGUUGCCCGGGAGAGUGGAAUGAAUUUUAUUAGUGUCAAGGGGCCAGAGUUGCUCAGCAAAUACAUUGGAGCAAGUGAACAAGCCAUUCGGGAUAUUUUUAUGAGAGCGCAAGCCGCCAAGCCCUGCCUGCUGUUCUUCGAUGAGUUUGAAUCCAUUGCCCCUCGAAGAGGUCAUGAUAACACUGGCGUCACGGACCGCGUGGUUAACCAGUUGCUGACCCAGCUGGACGGAGUGGAAGGCCUCCAGGGUGUCUACGUGCUGGCUGCCACCAGCCGCCCUGACCUGAUCGACCCCGCCCUGCUGCGGCCGGGGCGCCUCGAUAAGUGUGUGUACUGUCCCCCUCCAGACCAGGCAUCUCGCCUUGAAAUCCUAAAGGCGCUCAGUGCCUCGCUGCCCCUGGCCGGGGACGCCGACCUGCAGCACGUGGCCGCCCUCACGGACUCCUUCACCGGCGCCGAUCUGAAAGCCCUCCUGUACAACGCCCAGCUGGAGGCCCUGCAUGCCAGUCUGCUCCCGAGCGGGCUGCAGGACGGACCCUCCAGUUCUGACAGUGACCUCAGCCUGUCCCCCAUGGUCUUGCUGAACCACAGCAGCGGCUCAGAUGAUUCCGCCGGGGACGGGGAGUGUGGCUUCCACCAGUCCCUCACGUCGCUCGACAUGUCUGCGAUCCUCCCAGAUGAAUGCAGGUUAAACAUGUACCGGCUCUACUUCGGAAGCUCCUAUGAGUCAGAACUCGGAAAUGGAACUGCGUCUGAUCUGGUUGGUACUUGGGCCGCCGUCAGCCAGCUCUCGCAGGACUUGCUGGGAGCCCCCAGAAGAGAGGCACGGCCCCCUGUGCUGCAGACGGCGUCACAGGAGGGCUCCCAGGACCUGACGCAGGAGCAGAGAGAGCAGCUCCGGGCAGACCUCAGCGUGAUCAAGGGCCGAUACCAGAGCCCCAGCGGGGAGGAGGAGUCGCUUCAGCCCCCAGGACCAGGCAGCGCAGGUCUGGCCGUCAGUCAGUCACACCUACUGACUGCCCUGGGUCACACCAGACCGUCCAUCAGCAAGGAAGACUGGAAGACUUACACCGAGCUGUAUGAAAACUUUCAAAACCCAAAGAGAAAAAAUCACAGUGGAACUGUGCUGUUUCGACCUGGGCAGAAAGUGACUUUAGCCUGA